AUGAAAGUCCCCAGCAGUUAUGUCCACAUUGUUUUGAGAGGUGGCUCGGUAAUAGACAGCUCACAUUCCAUCAAGGCCUCUAUAUCCUUCUUUUCGGCUAUAUAUCUCUACAAUUCAAGCAAAGAUGGUAUCUGGGUGAAGCUCUCCCCGCCUUUCUUGUUGGCAUUUCCUUUGGACCUUUUGGCCUUGACACGCUUGGUUAUCGGGAUUCAAUUGGUUAAAGUUGGAUACCAAUUGCCAAAGCGAUACAUAAAGCAGCGCUCCAUCGAACUCACCUUCUGUCUACUUCCCCUCAUGGGGAUAGGGUGGGUUAUAACAUCUUCAUGCAUCAUGCUCAUGGUUCCUAACCUCUCAUUUCUCGCUGCGUUGAUCAUCGGCUCGUGUGUAACAUGCACUGAUCCCAUUCUAUCACAAGCAAUUGCCAAAGGUCCGUUUGCUGACAAGUACGUCCGUCGGCAUCUCCGUGAAUUCAUUUCUUCCGAGGCGGGUGGAAAUGAUGGGUUCGGGUUUACCUUUCUAUUACUGGCCGUCUCGCUCUUGCGGUACGCCGAGACUCCUGCAAAUGCCGAGAGCUUACGAGAAUUUGACCUGGUUCGGGGAAUCCCAGACGUUCUCGGCGCCGCUGAUGUCGGUCGCUUUGGUGGUGGCGUCGGUAAGGCAUUGAAGCAUUGGGUUCAUGACUCGCAAACUCUUGGUCAUAGCCCUGAAGAGGUAUGUGAGCUUCGAUGA